AUGGGCAUUCAACAAAACACAUUAAGAGCUUACGGAUACGAAGAUUUCGUUCAAGUGCAAAAGCAGCGCGAGCACUGCAGCAUUGGGUAUUACGCCAGAUGGUUGAACGAGUGUAGCUAUCUCGAUGACGAUGAUGAAUGGGAUUUGAAGCACGUCAUGAGAGACGUAAAGAAUAGGGAGAUGACUCUUAUAUCGAUUGACUUUGAAGCUUUUGAGCAUGACAAUUCCAAGAUCACAGAGAUCGGUAUCUCCGUCUAUGACCCAUGGUCCCAAAAGGGUAGCAUCAUACCCUUCAUUAUGCUGACUCACAUAAUCAUACUGGAAAAUCAGCAUUUAAGGAAUGGAACCUAUGUUCCUGAUCAUGCCGACAACUUCAAUGGAGGAAGAACCUUAAUCAUGACAUUGGAAGAAGCAGCAAAUUCCAUCUCGGAGGUCUUCAGUAAAUACUCCUUUGAAAAUCAACCAAUUGGAAAUGGUGUCUGCUUGAUAGGCCAUGCGAUGAAACACGACUUAAAUUACUUGCUGCAAAUGGGUGUCUCUUACGGAAAUUGCCCGUUAAUCGAUACCGCUGCAGUACUCAACCUCACCCAUGGACAGCAACAGCCCAGCUUGAAGGAUUCCUUGAGAUUGGUUCGCCAGCCAUUCGCUUUCUUGCACAAUGCCGGUAAUGAUGCUUACUACACGUUAUUGCUUUGUCUUGCGUUGGCAGACCCUUUUUAUCGGAUGGCCUCAGAAAUCGACACAGACACUAGAAUGGCCAAUUGGAAGUGCCGCAACUUGAAAAACGAGAUAACUAACGAAAGCCGGAGAUACUACGGAGACGAAGAGAGGUUCUCUCACUUUUUGCAUCACCAGCCUUUGUGA